UACAGCAUAUACCGUCGGCCCCGCUGUAAGUGGUGCCGCACUAAGGAACACUUUCACCCAAACUCAUUUGGGGGACAGAACACUACCCAGGCUACAGUUCAUUUAUGUGUUAUUUUUUUGUUGUUGCUGUAUAAUAACCUUUACAAAAAUGAAAACAGUGCUGUCAGAAUUGAAGUUUUCAGACAUCGUACCAAACCUUUUUGCGCGUUAUUGGAUGGAAGUUUAUGCGCUUGGAAGCUUUAACACAUGCUGAGUGAAAAGAUAUUCCAUACAAGCGGUUUUCACCAUUUAUAUCAGGAGAAAACAUUUAAAACACACACACACGUAGGGCUAGGGCUAUUUCAUGUGACUCAAUCAACUUGGACCAUCAGCAUCUCUCCUGCCGCACCGUAAUUGAACCACGCUUAACUCAAGAUAUCUGAAGAGGAUUUACGUCGGCUCUUCGAGUUACAAAGUUAUUCCGCAAGCAAUGCUUUUUUUGCCUUUCGAAUGUGGACCAUAGACUUUUUAGGACAUGGAUCAUUUUCUGUAGCGGAUAACCCUAUUGAUUUGCGUUUUAUUUGAUUCCCGCUAGCAGAACAGGAUCUUUUUCUCUCCCCUAUUCCACUUCAGUGUAAUUCCAUGGCACUUCUUCUAAAGCAGUGAUGUCGCUACGUGACGGGAAUUGCGAUUGAUUUGACAUAUUCUGUUUCAAAGGGAUAUAAGAGUUGCAUCCUUACAAGGAAAGCUCCCAUCCUCUAUGAUUAUGGACUUGGCAGGUCAUGCUCAUGUGUUGGUGGUGUUGCUCACCUGCCUGGUCAUGCUGUCCUGGGCCCAAGAGAAGGACUACACGGUGAGGGAGGAGCAGCCCGAGAAUGUCCGCAUCGGGAACCUACGGAAGGACUUGGACCUGAACCUUGACCCUGACUUCAAGCUGACCUCGCCACUGCAGUUUAAGCCUGUCUACAAAACGGGCGAUGUGCCUUUGGUGAGGGUAGAGGCCAACACCGGGGAGAUCUUCACCACGGCUCACCGCAUCGACCGCGAGAAGCUCUGCUCGGGAGUUUUCAACGAGAAGCGCUGCUUCUACGAGAUCGAAGUCGCCGUUCUGCCUGACGAGAUCUUCCGUCUGGUUAAGAUCCGGUUCCUGAUUGAGGACAUCAAUGACAACGCUCCACUCUUCCAGUCCACCGUAAUAAACAUCUCCAUCCCAGAGAACACAGCCAUCAACACCCGGUACCCCGUGCCCUCUGCAUUUGACCCAGACGUGGGGAUCAAUGGGAUCCAACACUAUGAACUUGUCAAGAGUGUGAGUGAGUUUGGCCUGGACAUCAUCGAGACCCCAGAGGGAGACAGAUGGCCUCAGCUGAUCGUCCAGCAGAGCCUGGACCGCGAGCAGAAGGACACCUUCGUCAUGAAGAUCAAGGUGGAGGACGGAGGAACGCCACCCAAGUCCAGCACGGCCAUCCUCCAGGUUACCAUCUCCGACGUCAACGACAAUCGACCGGUCUUCAAGGACAGUGAGGUGGAGGUGAACAUCCCCGAGAACGCCCCCAUAGGAACCUCCGUCACCCAACUCCACGCCACAGACGCAGACCUCGGCUCCAACGCCCAGAUCCACUUCUCCUUCUCGAAUCAGAUCUCCUCAUCCACCAAGAGGCAUUUUUCCAUCGACAGCACCACCGGGCUGAUCACUGUCAAGCAGCCCUUAGACCGGGAGACCACUCCAGUCCACAAACUCAUUGUCCUGGCCAGCGACGGCAGCUCCACCCCCUCCAGAGCUGCUGUUAUCGUCAACGUAAUGGACAUUAAUGACAACGUUCCGUCCAUAGACACUCGGUACAUAAUGAACCUUGUAAAUGGAACGGUUCUACUGUCGGAGAACGCACCUCUCAAUACAAAAAUAGCCCUAAUUACAGUGACGGACAAGGACUCUGAUCUGAACGGAAAAGUGACUUGUUAUACUGACCACGAUGUUCCUUUCAGGUUAAAGCCCGUCUUUAAUGACCAGUUCCUGCUGGAGACUGCGGCCCCCCUAGAUUACGAAACAACCAGGGAAUAUGCAAUUAAGAUAGUAGCGUCGGAUUCUGGGAAGCCUCCUUUGAACACUUCAGCGAUGGUUUUAAUUAAAAUUAAGGAUGAGAAUGACAACGCUCCCAUCUUCCCUCAGCCUGAGAUUCAGCUGUCCAUACCAGAGAACAAUGAUCCAUCCACGCAGCUCAUAAAGAUCAGUGCCAUGGAUGCCGACAGCGGACAUAAUGCAGAGAUUAUUUAUUCUCUUGGCCCUGACGCUCCUGAUGGGUUUAACAUAGAUAGACGGUCAGGUAUCCUCUCCGUUGGAAAACGCCUGGACAGAGAGAAGCAGGAGAAGUAUUCAUUCACUGUCAUGGCGAGGGACAAUGGGUCUACUUCCCUGCAGAGCAAUGUCACAGUGAGGUUAAUAGUGCAGGACCUCAACGACAACAGUCCAGCUUUCACCCAUCCUGAGUAUAACUUCUACGUGCCUGAGAACCUGCCUCUGUACGGGACCGUGGGUCUGAUCACCGUCACAGAUUCAGACGCAGGUGACAACUCCGUCAUAACACUGUCCAUCCUGAACGGGAAAGACAAUUUCAUUAUUGAUCCCCAGACUGGUGUGAUCAAACCCAACAUCACGUUUGAUAGAGAGCAGCAGAGCUCAUACACUUUUAUGGUGAAGGCUAUAGACGGAGGGCAACCACCCAGCACUUCAUACGCCAAGGUCACCAUAAACGUUGUGGAUGUCAAUGACAAUCGACCCGUUUUUGUUAUCCCCUCGUCCAACUACUCUUACGAUCUGGUCCAGUCUACCACCAGCCCUGGGUCUGUGGUCACCAGAGUGUUCGCUAUAGACAAUGACACUGGCAUGAAUGCUGAGCUGCAGUACAGUUUCAUUGGGGGAUCACCAAGAGGGCUGUUUUCCAUAGACAAAACAACUGGUAAUAUAACUCUGCAGGAGAAGAUAGUCUCAGCCGAUCAGGGUUUACACAGGCUAGUGGUGAAAGUCAAAGACCUGGGCCAGCCAGAGUCCUUACACGCAAUCGCCCUCAUUCACCUGUUCAUUAACGAGACUGUAUCCAACGCUACGUUCAUUCUAGAGCAGCUACGUAAGAGCUUGGAGACUCCAUUGGACCGUAACGUGGGAGACAGUGAGGUCACACCCCAAGCCAACGGAUACGUGAUUGUUGUCAUCGCAAUUAUAGCUGGGACUAUGACAGUUAUCUUAGUCAUCUUCGUGACGGCCUUGGUGCGCUGCCGUCAGACGCCCAGGCACAAAGUGGUGCAGAAGGGCAAGCAGAGCGGCGAGUGGGUGUCGCCCAACCAGGAGAACCGUCAAAUCAAAAAGAAAAAGAAGAAAAAGAAGAGAUCCCCUAAGAGCCUCCUCUUGAACUUUGUCAGCAUAGAAGAAUCCAAGCCUGAUGAUCCCAGCCAGGAGCACAUUAAUGGAACCCUGGACCUGCCUGUGGAGCUAGAUGAGCAGACCAUGGGGAAAUAUAACUGGGCCACUACUCCGACCACCUUCAAACCUGACAGCCCAGACUUAGCCAAGCAUUACAAGUCUGCCUCCCCCCAGCCAACCUUCCAAAUCAAACCAGAGACCCCGAUGGCACCCAAUAAACACCACGUGAUUCAGGAGCUCCCGCUAGACAACACGUUUGUGGUGGGCUGUGACUCGCACUCCAAGUGCUCCUCCACCAGCUCAGACCCGUACUCGGUCUCAGAGUGCAGCUGUCAAGGGGGAUUCAAGACUCCUGGGCAAAUCCACACCAGACAGAAUCAGGGCCAGACACCGGAAAAGUCCUUGAACUCAAAUGCAUCCACGUGUCCCCAUAAGGAGGUGUGUCAUCUCGGCAAGAUAACCCCUGCUAACACCCAGCGUCGUGUGACGUUCCACCUCCCGGAUGGUUCUCAGGAGAGCUGUAGCGACAGUGGUCUAGGGGACCACGAGCCCAGCAGCACUGCCAGCACCACUCAGCCUCUCCCCCUCGGCUUCCCCCAGGAAGAGUACUACCAACAGACUUCGCCCAACAGCCGCACCGAGGGAGACGGAAACUCUGACCCUGAGUCCACCAUGGUAGAGGUGAACCUCGCCAAGGCCCUGGCCGAAGCCUCCGAGACUUGCACCCAGGAAUGUCUGAUCCUGGGCCACUCCGACAGCUGCUGGAUGCCCCCCUCCCUGGUGACCCAGUUCCAGUCUCCGUCCAACACGGGUACCCUGCCUACCCUGCCCUCCUUUGGCUUCCAGCAUCAGCAGAGUUACCCCUGGGCCAGGGGAGUCAAGGCGGACGGGCGUCAGUGCCAUACCCUGGGAAGGCCUGCGCCCAAAGACGAUCUGGCUAAAGGGGUGAACCGACCGCAGUUCUACAACACUCUGGAAAGACACUGCAGUAGCAAGAGUAAGGAGUCUGACCCUGUCAAGGUCAUCCCUCUGGCCAGCUUUUCCUCGCCUUUGUCGGGCCAGCAGACCCCAGCCACCGAGGGAUCGUCUGCCUUCUUACAUGAGCAUCAGCUGUAAGGGGCUGUACGGAGCCAAAUUAACACCAACCAGUUUGUCUAAUGUAUCUUGAUGUAUAUUUAACAUCAGUAGUAAGGGGCUGUAAGGGGGACAGAGUAACACCAACCAAUUUAUCGUGAUAGUUUGUGUGUAUGUGUGUGAACAUGAAAUGUGAAGGAAGGGAUGAUGACAAUGUUGUUACUCAGUCUCCACAAUGUUGUUACUCAGUCUCCACAAUGUUGUUACUCAGUCUCCACAAUGUUGUUACUCAGUCUCCACAGUGUUGUUACUCAGUCUCCACAAUGUUGUUACUCAGUCUCCACAAUGUUGUUAGUCAGUCUCCACAAUGUUGUUACUCAGUCUCCACAAUGUUGUUACUCAGUCUCCACA